UACCAUGGGUCUCUCACCUGUGCAAUUAAUUAUUGCUAUGGCGAUGAAUGAUGACACGUCAUGUUUCCACUGAUUUGUAGAUAAACAAGCCAUGCUGCAACCUCUCUCAGAUCACACUAGCCCAGGAUUCUAACCAGUAGGUCGUGAAAGACAUUGUCCUCCUAUCAGCACCAUGCCAAGCCAACUCCAGAGUGCCAUGGACGCACUUAUAACAGUUUUCUACAAAUACUCCGGGAACGACGGAGACAAAUACAAGCUCAACAAGGGAGAGCUGAAACAGCUACUGAACAGUGAACUCACUGACUUUCUCAUGUCUCAGAAAGACCCCAUGCUGGUGGAGAAGAUCAUGAAUGAUCUGGACUCCAACAAAGACAACGAGGUGGACUUCAAUGAGUUUGUGGUUCUGGUGGCGGCCCUGACCGUAGCCUGCAAUGACUUCUUCCAGGAGAAGCAGAAGAAGAAAGCCAACUAACAGUUAAAUCCGAAAUGGCUUCCCCUUGCCUAUUUAGUGCACUUCUAUUGGCCAAAGCCUCAUAGGGCUAUGACAGGUCUAAAUAGGGCUCUGGUCAAAAGUAGUGCACUGCAUAGGGAAUAGGGAGCCAUUUCAAAUUGGCCCGUGGAUAGAAGAAGGAGAUUAGACUAAAGUCGAAAUCAUAAAUUAACAUACUUUUGCUAAAAAUAAGAUACUUCUGACGCAUCAAAACAGAUGAUUUCAAACAUGGUGUCACACUACCCUGAGUGCCAGACUGUUUCAGCUCUUAACAACACUUCUGGCCAGAGAACAUAACCACAGAGAUCUGGCUAGUGAACAUAACCACAGAGAUCUGGCUAGUGAACAUAACCACAGAGAUCUGGCUAGUGAACAUAACCACAAAGAUCUGGCUAGAGAACAUAACCACAGAGAUCUGGCUA